AUGUUCACAAGUCAGAGCAAGGCUUGUGAGAUUACUAAUUCUCAAAGUGAGACAGUACAGCUACAGUCAUUACCAAAUCACAUUGAAGAGCUAAAAUUACGGAAUUCAGAUGGUGAUACGGAUGAGGAUCUUCACUUCCCUGGAAUUGCAGCUAAAAAUAAAAUCUUGAAGUUGAGCUGGUGGCAUUCUCCUGUUGAAAUGCAUUAUGUAGCGACAGCAUUAGUACAGCCUAAAAAAAAUGAUAAAGAACCCAGCAAUAAAACAAAAAAAGUUGUAAACAAUAAUAUUUUAGUCAAUGGUUGUAGUAAAACUCCUGCGAGAUCUGUUGCAUUACUCAAAUAUAUUCGUCCAGACCAGGAAGAGGACAGUGACGAAAACGAAUCAAGCGUUCUUGAGCCAAGCGUUGAUGAAUUCCAUCCUAAAGACUCAGAACGACUUGUUGAUGAUUCAAACCCAUGUACUGGGCUAUUAAAUCCAGAUCAGCAGGAUCAAAUGAAAGUAUGCGGUUAUCGUCGCUCCAUAUUGCGAACUGGUUUUUGCUGGGCAUGUAUCUUCUUAACUUGUGGUCUAUUGCGCCUCGUGUUACAUUGGUGGCGUCAUUUAUAUUUAUUUGCCACUUGCUCUCAAUGUUCAUUGGAGGAGGCAGAACAGGUUUUGGUAACCGAGGAUUAUCAAGGAAAGCACAAAAUGUACCACGUAAAUCAAAUUGAAGUCCUAAACUCAAGCAACCUUAAGACACUAUUGGAAAAGGAACAGCAGACCACAGAAAGCACACAUAUAGGAUGCGAUCAUGUAGAAAACGUCUUGCAACUGUCUGUUCAUUUUAGCUCGGCGCAAUUCAAUAGAUGCUCAUCACUACGAAUAUUUCGCUGCAAGCAAUUAGUCUAUGCAUGGAAUAAUAAUAUAAAUAGUUUUCAAAGGAUAAAUGGUCUCGACCUAAAUAUUCCGUGUUCAUAUUAUCACCAACAGCGUGGAUUAACUUUAAAUGAACAGAUAUCAAGACGAAUUGUUUUUGGAGACAAUGAGAUAACUAUACCAUUGCGAGAUUUGAAGACAUUGCUGUUCUUAGAAAUACUUAACCCUUUCUACGUUUUUCAAUUAUUUUCUGUAAUUCUGUGGUUUACAUAUGAUUAUUACUACUAUGCUUGCGUAAUACUCCUGAUGUCAAUUUUUGGUAUAACUGUUUCUGUUUUGCAAACGAAAAAGAAUCAGGAUGUGCUCCAAAAAACAGUAUACAACACUGGUAAUGCUUUGGUUGUUGAUCAUAAAGGAAUGUCCAAGGAGCUUCCAACGCGAGCGAUAGUACCUGGGGAUAUCAUUGAAAUACCAUCAUCAGGCUGUACGCUGCAUUGCGAUGCCAUCUUAUUAUCUGGAAACUGUAUUCUAGAUGAGUCUAUGCUUACUGGUGAAAGUGUACCAGUGACCAAAACUCCUUUACCGUCGAAACGUGACUUGAUUUUUGAUAAAACAGAGCAUGCCAGACAUACACUUUUUUGUGGCACAAAGGUUAUUCAGACUCGUUAUAUUGGCUCCAAAAAAGUAUUGGCAUUUGUAAUAAACACAGGAAACAUAACGGCAAAAGGAGAGCUUAUACGUUCUAUUCUGUAUCCCCCUCCUGUUGACUACAAGUUUGAAGAGGAUUCGUACAAAUUUAUCCAGUUUCUGGCAAUAAUUGCAUGUAUGGGAUUUAUUUAUACGCUUGUUACUAAAAUCUUGCGUGGAACGGAUCCUGUUAAAAUAGCAGUUGAAUCACUGGACCUUAUCACAAUUGUAGUCCCACCAGCACUUCCAGCAGCUAUGACAGUCGGUCGAUUUUAUGCACAAAAACGGCUAAAGACUAGUGAAAUAUUUUGCAUUUCUCCUAGGUCUAUAAAUGUGGCAGGAAGCAUAAAUUGUUGUUGCUUUGAUAAGACUGGUACUCUUACUGAAGAUGGACUUGAUAUGUGGGGUGUUGUGCCCAAAUCAUCAACUAAUCAAUUUCAAAUUCCUUUAAAAAAUUUGGUCCGAUUGCCAUACGAUCACUUCCUUUUCGGUAUGGUAACGUGUCAUUCUAUAACAAUAGUAAACGGCAGAAUGAUGGGCGACCCCUUGGAUCUAAAAAUGUUUCAGUCUACAGGUUGGAAACUAGAAGAUUCAAAUAACAUACCUGACACUGAAAAAUUUGGUAUUCUUUAUCCAACAAUUUUAAGACAGCCUAGAGUUUGCCUUUCUGAAAUGGCUGAACCAGACUCGGUAUCUAAGAGUGAAAUUAGGCGACAAUCAUCUGUAGACGAUUUACUGGCCACUGUUGGAAUCUCGCCAGCUCAAAAGAAUUUUGAUCAUGGUAUCGUAAGAGAAUUUCCAUUUACUUCAGCUCUUCAGCGGAUGUCUGUUGUUACUCGUUGUCUUAGUGACCAUGUAUUCAAUGUUUAUUGCAAAGGUUCUCCUGAGAUGUUAGAAAAACUGUGUACAACAGAAAGUUUACCAGAUAAUUAUUCGCAAAAACUAUCAGAGUUCGCAAAAAAAGGAUACCGAAUUAUUGCCAUUGCAUUUAAAGCUCUUGCCCACAAGAUGAACUAUACAAAAGUACAGCGGUUAUCUCGGGAAGAGGUUGAAAGCAACUUGGAAUUUUUAGGUUUUGUGAUCCUUGAGAAUCGCCUUAAACCAGAUACUACUAAAGUUAUAAAUGCGCUUACCUCAGCCAAAAUUCGAACUAUAAUGAUAACUGGCGAUAAUAUUUUAACUGCAAUAAGCGUUGCUCGCGAUAGUGGCAUAGUAAGUGCCUCGCAAGCAGUUAUAACAGUGCAUGCAGAUCCGCUUGGUGACAGUGCAAUUUUUCAACCUAAUACCACUGCGCCCGGUGCAGAAUGUAAUGUCGACAACGGUUCACAUAAACACUACAAGCUGCAAUACACUUUAGAUUUGGGUAGCAAGACAUCUCGGGCAUAUCUAUUCAAAUCAAGUUUAAAUAGUAACAUUUUUGGUCGAGAAACACCUGAGUUCAGGGCGAACAUCGCAAAAACUAUUUUUCGUAUGGAGUCGACGAAUUCAUUAGUUAACGAAUCGAGCUCCAGUUAUGCAGAAAGCGUUUUGCCGACAAGUGAUAGUUUGGCCAGUGUAAAAACUACAGACACUUGGACCCACAAUGAGGCAGCAGAAGUUGAUGCUGAACUUGGAAUAAAACACUUACAAGACGAAAGCUGGCGCCAACAAUACAUAUUUGCAAUGGAUGGUAAAACCUGGCAAAUUGUAAAAGAUCACUUUCCGGAGGAAAUGGAGAUUCUAUUAACACGAGGUUCUAUUUACGCCCGAAUGUCACCAGAUCAAAAACAGGCACUGGUUAUAGAACUUCAAAAUUUGGACUAUUGCGUUGCCAUGUGCGGUGACGGCGCCAAUGACUGUGGUGCGCUGAAAGUGGCUCAUGCUGGUAUUUCUUUAAGCGAGACUGAAGCAUCUAUUGCGUCGCCCUUUACUUCACGAAAUCCAACAAUUUCGGCGGUUUUAAAAGUCAUUAAGGAAGGACGCGCUGCGUUGGUCACAUCGUUUGGUAUUUUCAAGUAUAUGGCGGCCUAUUCGUUAGUUCAGUUUAUAUCUGUUAUGAUUUUGUAUUCCAUCGACUCCAAUCUGACGGACAAGCAGUAUCUUUAUGUCGAUCUUGGACUAAUAUCGAUAUUCGCCUUCUUUUUUGGUAAAACGGAAUCGUUUGAUGGAAACCUGGUGGAACAAGUGCCGCUCAGUUCUUUAAUAUCAUCCACGCCAUUAGCAUCACUUUUACUACAUCUUUCUGUUGUAACAGGAUUCCAGGUGACUUGUUGGAUUCAUCUGCAUCAGCAGCAGUGGUUUAAACCUUUCAAGUCUGCGGAUGAAGAUCAUUUAGGUUGCUAUGAAAACUACACAAUGUUUUGCAUGUCCAGUUUCCAGUAUAUUAUACUAGCUUUUGUUUUCUCCAAGGGUGCACCGUACAGAAAACCACUGUGGUCGAAUUGGCCACUUUGUUUAGCAUUUAUAGUAAAUUUGUGCAUUAUUGUCUAUUUGGUUGUGUACCCCAGCGAUUGGGUUACCACCUUUUUUCAACUUAUUGUACCUCCUACUAGAUUUCGAUACAUUAUGCUUGCUUACGGAGCAGCAGCAUUUAUUUGCCAUAUUUUUGUCGAGUCAUUUUUGGUUGAAUAUCUGGUGUUCAAAAAAUACCAAGUACAGCGAGAAAAGAAUUGGGUCACGUCGAAACAAAAAUACAUGCGUCUAGAGCAUGACAUAUCAAAUAUAAAAAACUGGCCACCUAUAGCUGAUGUUUAUGAACCAAAUAAUUUUACCGACUGGGAAACAGAACAGCCCACUUAUGUGAGUUUGCACGCUGAACAAAACCAUGAUACCCAGCUUGGCAAAUUUCCGGGAUUUUCUUAAUGUAAAUAUAGUUAAUAAUUAUAGCGCGAAUAAUUGUCUGCGGUCCCUUUGUAAAUUUUACUAUACACUAAGGCAUACUAUUAGAAAUUUGCAUUAUAAAUAUAGUACGAAAUGUAGGCAAGAUUAUUUAGUUCCUAUUUAGUUUUGUUAGUAAUCUGUGUAAACAUAGCUAAUUGUACUUACAUCAAAGAAAACUGUGUAUUAACUAAGACCUUAUUUGUCAUGUUAUGUUAAAAACGGUGAAAUGUAUUCUUGAUUAUAAUUAAGUGUUCAAUGUUUAUAUACAUAAGCUAUAAUUUUUAUUUAGGCUGUAUAAUAAGCAUUCAAGUAACUUUAACUCAUUGGCUUUUUAAGCAUUAGCUUCUCUAUCAAAUGGGUUCGAGUUCGCUUUAACAUUAAUAAAAUAAAAACGAUUACGAUCACAA